AUGGUAGAAAUUGAUGGUCUGAUGGCCCUUGUCAAAGACUGGUUUGCCGAUCAGAUUCAUUUGGAUUUCCAAGUCGAGUUCAAUGAUGUCGCUGAAUACGCCGAGCAAGUUCUCCUUGAAGUCAAAGGGACAAGAUUAAAUGAAGAGCUAUGUCAAACGCUCAAUGCAAGCCUAUUGGAAGCACCUGGAAGCGUGACCAGAAAGCUCCUCGAAAAAUCCGAAGACCAAACUCAGUACUCCGUUGAAGUGGUUAUCCAGCUUAUUGUGAACGGACAUUUGCCACCAGCCAAACUGUGCCAUUCGAUACUUAGCAUAUUAUUGGGGAAGCAAGGAAAUUGCCUCACGGAUUAUCUUCUGGAGUCUCAAGAAUCGACAGCAAUACUUGCUUUUAAGGAAAACCUGGGGCAGCUGCUAGAAAGAGCUUUUCUCGCACUUCAUGGAAGUCCCACCGGGGAGUAUUUCAAUUGA